UUUUACUCUGAAUAAGAGUACCAUAAUAACACAAGUCAUACCAAUGAGUUUCUUUCCAGACAUCAAUUUUUAAAAAAAACUGCCACCCAGAAAUAGAAAAAAAAGUUAUCCACUUUGUACUUUAUGGACUACAAAAUAAAAUAAUUUAAAAAAACCCAACCUCUCACUCUUAAUUAAAAAUAAAUCAAACAAAUAAACUUACUAAGAAGAGAUUUUCUUUUUGACCAUCCUUCUUUUUAAAUUUUUUUUUCAGACAAAUGAUCUUCACUGAUUAUAAAGGAAAAUAUUUCCUAAGCCACCUGCCUCUUUUUUUUUAAGUCACACAAAUAGAUAACGUCCUUUUUUAUUAUUAUUUUUAAACUGACACUUUCUAUAAAAACCCUCUGUACUUUUCCCCCCUCUCUACUACCUCCAAGAUGGUAGGAAAGUUGUUGUUUUGGAGGGCAGAGGAGCUGCUCUCUGAUGUUAUGUCCUCUCAGUGCCUGUAGUGGUGCUGUAGGAGGCUGCUGGCUCUCUUCUUGAGCAGCCCCAGCAGCCCUGCCUUCUUUGCUGGAGAAUAUAUUCAGGGAUUCCCCUUAAUAAUCACCUACCCUCUGAGCACUUUGUACUUUUAAAAUAAUAAAAAGCUCCCCAAAGCUUUCUCCCCCCCAAACGCAGGAUCUCCUCAGAGCCAGGGGGGCAGCAGCUGCUCAGCACAGAGCCCGAGCCUGUUCCCGGUCCCUCUGCUGGGGAGGAAACUCUGAUCUGUCAGCCCAGCAGAGGGAAAGGGGGGAGAGGCGAGAGAGGAGAAAAAAAAAGCAGCUGGAAAGACAAUCUGCUUCAUCUGACUCGUCAUCAUUCCAGGAUAGUGGUCUCCUUGGGGCUCUCUCCUAACAUUGAUAUGGUACAGAAGAUUUAAAAUCAGCUGAUGUUCACAAGGAAUAGAGUCACGUGAUGUAUGAAGGCAAACACAUACACUUCUCUGAGGUUGACAAUAAGCCCUUGUGCUCAUAUAGCCCCAAACUGUGCAAGCAGAGGCGACUUAACGGCUACGCCUUCUGUAUCAGACACGUUCUGGAGGACAAGACUGCCCCCUUCAAGCAAUGUGAAUAUGUGGCCAAGUAUAACAGCCAACGCUGCACCAACCCUAUCCCCAAAUCUGAGGACCGUAGGUACUGCAACAGCCACCUACAGGUACUUGGCUUUAUACCUAAAAAGGAGAGGAAGAAAAAGAAUGAUCCAAUAGAGGAAGUGAAGGUCAGGCACCAGAUGGAUGCUAUGGCCUUCAGUCUGACAGUGCCCACACUGGCCUUGAAGAUGUCCAAUGGACUGGAUGGGAUGUCCCUGUCUCCACCGGGGGCUAGGCUUCCUCUCCACUACUUGGAAGCAGAGUUAGAUGAUCCCUUUGCUUUCAACGAAGAGGAUGAUGACUUAAAGAAAGGGGCAACGGUGAGGAAAAAGUUGCAGAGCAAGUUGGCCCAAAACCGGCAGCGCCAGAGAGAAACAGAGAUUUUAAAAGUUCACCAAGAGCACUUUAGCCCCCUUCCUGCACCUUUGCAGCAGCAGCCACUGCAGCAGCAGCACUCCCAUCUGCCACCUUUAUCAACUUCUUUAAAGCCUAUAGGGCUACCGCAGGGCUUCGUCUGCAAGUCACCUCAACCUCAGAACACCAGCCUACCAAUGCAGGGAGUGGCACCCACCACACACACUAUAGCACAAGCAAGGCAGAUGUCUAACAAGAGACCCCUGCCUCUCCUGCCACCCACCAGGGCUCCUGUCGUGGACCCACCAAGGACUGAUCGGGUCCUCAUGAAAGCCACAGCCUUCUCUCCACACUCAUCCUGCAUGAGCCGGCUACAGAGACUGGUGAAACUGUGCACUCGAAAACAGCAGCUGGAAACUGAUCUGUUUCCACAUUUAGGGCUGGACUGGUCUGAAGACAGUGGAGAAGAGUUGGAGGAUUCAGAGCAAACUUCCCCAUACCAGGUUGCAUGGUCUAUCCGGGAAACUCUCAGAUAUGAAAGACAUGAGUCAGAUGACGAUGAUGCAGAUAGCAGGAGUUCCAGGAUGACCCAACUUUGCACUUACUUUCAGCAGAAAUAUAAGCACCUCUGCCGCCUGGAGCGGGCAGAAUCUCGUCAGAAGAAAUGCCGGCAUACGCUCCGGAAAGCUUUGCUGCACGCGGCCAGCAGAGAGCCGGAAUGUGCUGGGCAACUGAUACAGGAACUCCGAAGAGCUACAUGCACUUGGACCAGCACAAGCCAAGCCAAGCAGAGAGAUGCAGAACCAACAACGUGUAGUGGAACUGUGAAGGGUGAACAGUGCACUAACAAGUCCCUUCCAUUCACCAGGCAUUGUUUUCAACAUAUCCUAUUGAACCGUUCUCAGCAGCUCUUCUCAAGUUGCACAGCCAAGUUUGCAGAUGGACAGCAGUGCUCUGUGCCAGUUUUUGACAUUACACACCAGACACCUCUGUGUGAAGAACAUGCCAAAAAAAUGGAUAAUUUCUUGAGAGGGGACAGCUCCCGUAAAGUUCAGCACCAGCAGCAGAGGAAACCCAGGAAAAAAACGAAGCCACCUGCACUUACCAAAAAACACAAGAAGAAGAGAAGGAGGGGACCACGUAGGCCCCAGAAACCUAUUCCUCCUGCAGUGCCCCAAGGGAACCUCAGCAUGCCCACCAGCAUCUCACUGCCAGUGGAGAUCUCCCACAUACGGAGCCCCUCCACACCAGAGCUGAGUACAGAUGAGCUGCCCGAUGACAUCGCCAAUGAAAUCACAGACAUUCCACAUGACUUGGAAUUGAAUCAGGAGGACUUCUCUGAUGUCCUACCACGGCUGCCUGAUGACUUGCAAGAUUUUGAUUUCUUUGAAGGUAAAAAUGGAGACCUCCUUCCUACUACAGAAGAGGCAGAGGAACUGGAACGGGCUCUGCAGGCUGUAACUUCUCUUGAGUGCCUGAGUACCAUUGGAGUACUUACACAGACAGACGGUGUGCCAGUUCAGGAGCUAUCAGAUAGAGGGAUAGGGGUGUUCACCACAGGUGCUGGAGCUCCAGGAAUGCAGUCCUUGAGCAGAGAGGUUAACACGGACCUGGGGGAGCUGUUGAAUGGGCGUAUAGUACAUGAUAAUUUCUCCAGUCUGGAGCUGGAUGAGAACUUGCUCCGUUCUGCUACCUUGUCUAACCCACCUACGCCCCUGGCAGGGCAGAUCCAGGGGCAAUUCUCUGCCCCAGCCAACGUUGGCCUUACUUCUGCCACUCUGAUAAGCCAGAGUGGACUUGGGGAGAGAGCCUUCCCAGGACAGUUUCAUGGACUUCAUGAUGGCAGCCAUGCCUCCCAGAGGCCACACUCUGCCCAGCUGCUGAGCAAGGCAGAUGACCUAAUCACCUCACGACAGCAAUACAGCAGUGACCAUUCGCACUCCUCACCCCACGGAAGCCAUUACGAUAGUGAGCAUGUGCCGUCUCCCUACAGCGACCAUAUCACAUCCCCCCAUGCCACAUCCUAUUCUGGUGAUAACUUGGCAGCUACCUUCUCAGCAGAGAUGCCCAUUAUGGCACAGCACUUGCUCCCACCGCAGCUGGAGGUGCCACUUAGUGGGGUGGCGAACCCCAGAACUCACUGGGGAAAUCUCCCUGUCAAUCUUGGUGACCCCUCUCCGUUUAGCAACCUUCUUGGUGCCGAUGGACACCUUCUUUCCACCUCCCUGUCCACACCACCUACCACCUCGCACUCAGAGACCACACAGCCUGCCUUCGCCACUGUGACCCCCAACAGCUCCAGUGUGCUUCCGGGGUUACCACGGACCAGUUUUAGUGGCAUGGGUCCUGCCUCUGCUGAACUAAUGGCCUCCACUUCCCCCAAACAGCAACUCCCUCAGUUCAGCGCAGCCUUUGGCCAUCAGCUGAGCUCACACAGUGGCAUUCCUAAGGACCUGCAGCCUAGCCACAGCUCCAUAGCUCCUCCCACAGGCUUCACAGUAACAGGUGCCACAGCUACUAGUACCAAUAAUGCAUCUGCUCCCUUCACCACCUCUAACUGAGCUGAUCUGUCUGUAUAUUUGCAGGCAGAUGGGGACCCUGUGUUUUCUAUCUUCUUUUUCCUCUUUAUUGUCCUCCCCUCCCUUUGAGGAGGAUUUUUUGUUUUUGUUUUUUUUUUUUAAAAAAAAAAAGAGGGGGUUAAAAAUAAACCUCCUGCUUCCGUGCAGACCAGGGUGGCCCCUUAGUGAACCUCGCUCUAGUGUUCACAUGUGCUAGUUAUGCACUGGUGCUCGUUUAUUACUGGCAGGUUCACCGUACCCCACGAAUUUCCUUAAGGAUACAGCACAGUUACUGGAUGUAAUUGACCUUAGCAGUAAGACCUAGAAAUGGGACGAUACCUCAAAUUACCAAUGCACGUUACUGUUUCCUAGGGUUCAGAUCAGUGCUUUCCAUCCCAUUAGCAUGUCAUGUAGGAAGUUUUUAUAGCGGGGGAAAGUCUCUUGGUUUUAAAAAAAUUAAAAAGGUAGCAUCUGGGCAUGGAAAGUUGGCUCCACACUCGGGUUUGGUAAUGGUGCACCGAAGCACUCAAGACCAUGGUUCAAUUAUUCAUCUGACAACUCCUUAAAAAUAGUCUUUUGACCUCCUCUGUGGGCGUGUGUGUGUUUGGGAGAGCAGCAGUUCCUUGUCUGCUGCUGAGACAAUAGUAGCUGUGUCCCCUUCCGAAAUUGGUCAGUGUUCUUACUGAAUGUUGAUUUAUUUUCUUUAUUUUACGUUCAUUGAGCAGAGAGGGGAUUGACUGACUAGGGCAAAUAGGUUUUACCUGUUUGCAGGGCACUGAGCGGUCUUGCUGUUUCAAAGGUUAACCCAGGGAGAAAAGACAAGAAAAUGGAAAGACUGGAAUAAAUAAUGGUCUAGUCAAGACUCUUGCAGAAAUUCCCACCAGUGCUGAAUUACUGUGGCAUUGUAGUGUUGAUGGUUUGCCUUUUCAAAUGUGGCUGUGUCCAGAACUCUGCACAGCAGGAGUUUCCUAGCUGAAACUGGAAGAAUUCUAUUGGUAUGUAUCCAUAUGCUACCCAUUUGAACAAAUCUACGUCAGGCCCCUUUGGUAAAUUUAAAAUAACGGAAUUUCUCAAACUAUCUGUUGCUGCUGAGACUCUGUCUAUAAUAGUAGUGAUUUUGUACCAGGAGCCAUACCGUUUUUGAGACACUUGUGAGACUGAUGCUCUGUAUAUGAAGCUGAAUGUAUUGGGAAUUGGCGGGUACAUAUUUGUGGUUACCACUAACCAAAACCAAACUUACUGAAGCAAAAUAGGGAAAUUCCUUCUCUCCACAACACCUUGUUGCUUUUAUUGCCUGUUUUCUGAAAAUGGUUAUAAGUCUCCUUGGUCAUAAUGUCAGCUCCUUAUAAAGGCAGUGGAUUCCUCUUAUAUCUGUUUCUUCCCUAAAGAAUAACAACAAAAUCACAAGGAGUUUGCGUGAAUCAUUUAAUCUCCCUCUUCUCCCUUCCCUCCUCCCCCCUAAAAAAAAAAGAGGGGGGGGGGAAGUGCUUGAGAAAACUGUGACUUUAUAAGGCUCUAGCUAGACACUAUGUGAAAGUAAUUCCUACCUGAUGGCUAUAAAAAGUCUCCACUGUUUGGUUUGCUUCUAAGAUGCAUAUGAGAGAAGAUGAAAAAGCAAAGCAAAUCUUUCUCUCCGCAUGUUGAAGGCAGUUUCAUUAUAAGAGGGUUAAUAAUUUCUUCGAGCAAGGGAUUAUUCAACUGAGUUCAGUUAUUCCCUAGUAUGUGGAGAGUAAUGUAUCUUCCCUCAAUUUAUGUUUUCUGUUUAUGUGAGUGAUAAUGGGGCCCAAACCUCUGUUCCCAGAUUUCCUGAGGGUAAGGAUUGAGAUGUGGAUCCAAACUUCCCGGGUGCAGCCCAUCUUGGGUUUAUAUCCCACUAGUUAUAGCCAUUCCCUUCUUUUCAAAAGCUUUGUCCUUUUUUUAAUUAUAAAGGAAUGAGCCCUAUGGGUACAUCCCUUGCUGAAAUUGCAAGCAUAUGUGCGUGGAGGGGGAAACAUUUAUUUUCAGGUUUUUGAUAUUGAGAAAUCCUUAUUCCCAUACUUCGUAAAACAGGGCUUAAUAUUAUAAUAAAUCCCAGUGUUCUUGAGUGGUCUAGGUUUGUCUGUAACUGAUUUAAAUGUUUUCAAAUCAUGUCAUAAAUUGAAAUGAAGCUUAACAAAACCCCACUAUAUUGUCCCGCUGAUUGAGGAAUGCCCACUGAUAAUUGUGAAAUGAGGAAAAGCUGAUAGGACAUUUGUUUUUUUUAUUCUGUCCUCUUCCCUCUCCCCAUGCUUUUGAGGAGACAAAUGUUUGAUUUGCAUUAUUUUCCAUUGUGUUAAUAUACCUUCGUUAGUAUAUUGAGAUGAUUGAUUGAAAAAGAAGGGUGAAUCUAGUUUGCCAAAUGGGUAAAUGAUCAAUUGUUAAAUCUGCCAGUAUUAAAUGUCAUGUGACAGGAUGUUCUACUGAUUAGUUUAAGGAUUUUGAUUUAUGGAAUAUUUCUCGUGCUCAUCAAAAUGUGUAAUGGAACAGCAGCCUGUUCUCUUCUUCCCACCCGUUCAUCACUUCCCCUUACCUACCAGUAGAGAAAACACUUGGGCCCAGUUUCUGUUCUCAGUUACAUCCGUGUAAAUCAUGGAGUAAUUCUUUUAGCCAGAUGAGUUACUAUGGAUUUACCCCCAUUUAACUCGGAAUAGAAUCUGGCUCUUAAUCUGAUCAUUUAUUUAGGCUGGGAUUUUCCAAGAUGCCCAAGAGCAUGUAGGUGCAUAAUUCCCAUUUGAAAUCAGAUUCCCAGACUCUGGAAGUCUCACCCUUUAGAUCUCAGCUUUAUGGAUCUGUGGGGGAUUUUUCCUAAACAUUGUCCGCAUAACAUUUUUCAUGAGCAGAUUGAGUUUGCAAAAAAGCUGCACUACUUUAAAAAGUUUGUUCCAUUUGACAUGUGUUAGAAAAGGAAUCCCUAUCUAUUUUCCAGUACGGAGCUUUGAAAUGGUCAAGAUUGUUGCCAGUUGCAGCUUCACUGCAUCUAAUUGAAGUGUAACUUCAUUAAAUUAGUUAUAUCCUAGUAAGGAAGCAGUUCUGAUUUUAGGUCCUAAAUCUGCAAUGAGCACCACGCAGAUGGAUCCCUAUACCCACACAAAGCCCACUGACUUCACCAGGAGUCUGCCUGCAUAGCGUUCAGUGCAGGAUCAGCACCAUAGUGUUGUGGGAUGAGUAGUGGACCCAAGAACACAGGUUUAUGCAGCCAGACACUUCACUUCUCUUCCACCAGGAAAUACGUUUGCUCCAUGUGGGAUUUGUCUUGGUUCUUAGGGCUGCCAUUGAUAUGGUUCUCAUUCAUGCUGUCUUGAACAGGUUGCAUCUCCUAUAAUACAGCAAUUAGCAGUAAUUACCCUUUCACCAAAGAGUCAGUGUAGCGAUUCCAAUCCAUUUGUUGAAAUGAUCAGUAUCUGUUGUGCCACUAAUACAUGAAAUGAAUAGAAUAAACCUACUUUAGUAACUAAAAAUUAUGUUCUUUAUAUAAAUGUGGGGUUUUAAAGAAUUAGAAGGCAUUUGACAGAGAAGUUUAGAAGCAAUAAUGUCCUUUUGGGUAGUAAUGUAAUGUCAGGUGAUCUUAGCACAGAGGCAUAAGAAUUGGUGGAGAUUACACUCUUGACAAAGAUUAACUUUGCUUGGACAGUUUAUGGAGGCCAGUGAGGGACAGCAUGAUGCUGACCUGGUUUAUAAAGCAGUUACGCUUAAUGUAUAUAUUCCAUACUGUGAGAAUUUCCCUUGACCAUUCAGUUUAUUAGUCAAAUUUAGAACUGGCGUAAGUGGACUCCGCUCCCAUUGGCUAUUUAAUGGGAAAGAGGGGGUGAAAUUAAAGUCUGGUCCAGUGGCUCUACUAGUUGCUAUAUUAUGAGAAGCACCUUUGAAUAUCAUCCACCUUUCCUUUGGUCAAGACAUUGGUUUGUUUCUUUGCCUCUGUUGAUUGCCUUAUGCAUUUGCACAUCUUAACAAAGAACAUCUGUUCAAAAAUAACUUACUGCAGUUCUGCUUACCCUACUGAGUGCCAGACUAUGCCGUAGAAGGACUUUCCAGUUUCAUGUCAUAGGUUAAUGAAACAAAGGACUGUUUUCUUAAGCAAUUUCAGGUUCUCAUUUGAUAAGCAUUUCUAGGUUCCCUCCUUGAGAAGCUUGUAGUCUGCCAGCCAACAUUGGAGAUGAGAGUGCAAGUGAAAGAGAAAUAUUUUUGCUGUCAAGAAUGUGUUUGUUCUUCAGUGGGAGGGGGCAUUGGAAGCUAACUUUUUAAAAAAAAUAGUAGCUUCAUUGAAAGCUAUAUUACUGGCUUCAUGAAUUGCUUUCUUUGGAGAUCAUGAUCCUAAUAUUUAGACAUUGAGAGGUCAGAUUCUCGGCUGGUGUAAAUAAACAUGGCUGUAUCAGCUUCAUUGAAGCUGUGCUAAUUUACCAGAGCUAAGGCUCUGGCUGCAAGAGUCUAACCAGGAACACAGAACAGAAUUGAGUUUGUUAAAGCUUUCUCUGACCGCUGACUUACCCAGCUGGAAAACUAAGUUCGCCAAGGAAGAGGAAAAUUAGUCCUUUGAGAGUAUGCCUUCACUUCAGAAUUAGCCCAGGCAUCCUAGUCUGGGCACCUGUGCUAGUGUAGACUGGGUGUGAGCAGCCACGCUGCACUCCCCUGCAUGUGUCGCUAGAACGGCUGGGGACAUAGCAGGUGGUGCUGCAGUAAGCUGAGCUGCUCUGAUUCUUUCCCAGGGAAUUGUGGGAGAGCUUGUCUGUCGUUGUGAGCACACAGCAGAUGGGGUAAGGGGAACGUGGGAGGGUUCUGGAGAACUGAUAGGCUCUAACCCACAUCCCCAGCUGUGCAUGAAGGUUUUUGUGUGUGCCCAGGAGGGGAGUUGGGGCAACACCUGAAUAAGAACACUGGCUAACUCUGUAGUGAAGACAUACACUGAGAUGGGUGGGUGUGUCUUUAACCUAAUUUUCCUCUUCAGCAGUUGCUUUUAUCAACGGGCUGGUUUCUCUUCUUGCCAGCGAAGGAGCCUUUAACGCAGCCCCCAGGCAAACUGAAGUAGCCCAGAUCAGAUGUGGAUCCAGAAUUCCAAGCCCCAUCUUGGUGGCAGCGUAUUUAACUGAAAGAAUAGAUUCAAGCUGCUGUGCCUGCAGAGCCUCCUCAUAAGGCCCUUUAACUUAGGCUGAGAGCGGACGAGUGUUCUGGGCUGCGCCGCUUGCCUCCUUAAAUUUCAUCCCCUCUUUCCCACUCUCUUCACCAUCUUUUUUCACUCUUCUCUGCCACCACCCCGACACUAAAAUUGCCAAUCAUUUAAAAUCCUGUAUGAUUGAUAAUGAGCAAAUAUUCUGAUUGUUUAAAAAAAGGAUUUGGAGAGGUUCCUGUGAGUCAUAAUAGAAGUUUAGAAGCCAGAGCUACAGUGCAAUAGGAUAUUGUGUAAGAAUUCACAGAAUAUGGAGUAAAAUGAAAAUACCAUGUGAUCUCACAGGGCAUUAGCAGUAAGGUGUGAGCUAGCUGCUGAAAAUAUCACUGUGGUCGUCACUGAGAGAGAGCUCUGUAUGCUCAGGAGUAUUACAGGGAAUCUUUUUCUUCCCAUAAAUUCCUUUUGUUUUAAAGGUAGUUGCCAGUAGAAAAUUACCUGGAAAAACUGGUGGAAUUAGCCUGAUUUUAAAAAACAGUUGAUAAAAUACCCUCAAGAAGAACCCCACUAAAGUACGAUGAUUAUGAUAAUGGGAAAACAAAAUUCAGAUUCAUUAGGAUUUAACUCAGGUCUUUCAGAAUUGGUUCAUGAAGGACUUUGGCUCUAUCAAGAGGUAAAAAACACUCUUAAAAUAUAAUGUUUGUGUGAACUAACAGAGGUUGGGGUAGAAAAAGUUACCCAUUGACAGAAGAAAGCAAACUGCAACCACAUAUCAAAAGGCAAUUCCGUGAUCACUGGUGGCUGGGUCUAUAUGGGGAAAAUGACUGGAUUCUCAGGAGUGUUUCCUAAGCAAGUCUAUAACAUCUGUAACUCUGUUGGCUGUGUCAUGAUUCAGUUAUUUCUCUUAUUUCCCCCUCCCCCACACCUUAUUGCGGUUUUUCAUGCUCUAGUUUUCCAAUUCUUAUGGAACAAGGAUAUGUAGUGGAAGCAUGAAAGAAGGAAACAGACUUUGAAUUGAAGUUUGGAGGUGGCAUUUGGAAGUUUUCCUUUUUUUUCCUAGGUAUCCUGAAGUCUUGAGUUGGCACAAUUUUUUUUUUUUUUUUUUUGGUCUUCCCUAGCUCAUACAAUUCAAUUUGAAAACAAAUAGGAUAAAAAACCAGGCUUUUGAUUUUUUUAAGCCUGUAUAUACUCAGUGUAGAAAAGUGCAUUCUUCAUUUCCCCCGCCUCUCCCUGGUCCCCAAAACACACACACGACCACACACACACAGAUUGUAUGUGUAUGAAUUGGAUACAGAUGUUGAACUUGGUCUAGUAAAACUAACGUGUUUCCCACCUUCAGUCCCCACUGAAGUAAACUCUGGAUAGGUAAUGCUCCCAAAUCUCUCCUGGAAAACUUUAACUGUGAUGCAGAUGGCUCUAAUGCAGCUGACUGCUACACCAUUGCUUAUACUUUGGAGUAGACUGAUUUACCCUGAAAUGACUCUCUAACCUACGUCUUAAAAAGUACAAUUUGGUUCCAGUGGAAAUAGAUCCAUUCUGAAGUGAUGGACAGUUUGGUUCUCAUACAAAGUAUCUACAUCUAUUUAGAAGGGGUUGAACCAGUUUCUCUGAACAGUGAUUAUUUUCACUGUACAAUUUUGGGUAUGUCUCAGGGAUUCCUUGUGGAAAUAAGGGCAGUUAACAUAAAAAGUAAAUAGUUUUAAAAGUAAAUAAUAAUUUAAGGUAGAGCUUCAUCUAAAUGAGAGCGCAAGAAAGAGAAAUCUUGUUCAGUUUUGUAGUCCACGGUGUCCGGCUUAGGGACUUCUUCUCUUCUCGGGGUGCUCAUCUCAAAUUCAACAUACAGAAUCUUUUUCCAUCACGCUCAGCUUUAAACUUUUAUUUAAAGAUACCCUUCCCCGAUGAGCUUUCAGAAUACUUAUUGUAGAUUUUAAGAGAAAAGGUAUAUUAAUUUAUGCUAUUAACAUCACCUCAUAAAUUAUAAGUUUUAUACUAAAGCUGUAUUGAGUGUAAUGAAUUAUGUUGCAUAUGUGUUUUUAAUAGCUAUAAAAUUAUAUACAAGCUUUUUUGGAAAAACAAAAACUAGUAAAGCACCUUUUUACACUGGAUCUUUGCCGUGUCAAGGUGUACAGCUAUUCUUUGCUACCUUGCAGAUAUAUACAAAUAAAAUGGUAUCCUGUAUCAACAAAACAUAGAUCUCUUGUUAACCCGUAUAGUACUGCUCCUAUAACUCUCUUUUUUGUUUUGUUUUUGGUUUUUUUUCUUUUUGUUUUUUUUGUUACAUUCUGCAAUAAUUUAUCUGUGGUUUGUAAUGGUUAGAUGUUUAGUUACAGGGUAAAUAGAUCAAAUUAAAAAUCCAACUACUGUAGCUGGAAGUUGUGAACCAAGUUUGUAAGAACUUUUUUUUUUUUUUUUUGUUAAAUGUAUUUGUUUCCAGUUAUGCAAGUUGGAAUUUGACAAGACAGAACAUUAAAUCUCGGAAUCCACAGUGUCUUAUUGAGGAACUUUCCCCCCUCCUUUCCUUACAGAGGAAUUCCCACUGUGACUUAUAAAUAGAAUUAGACUGGUUGUGUGCAUGUAUGUAUUAUAUACACACACAAAAAUAUGCAUUUUGGGGGGGGUUGUGUGUGUGAUAUGAAUGUGUAUACUGUACGUAGGUCAUAGUUUUUGUAAAGAGAAAAGUAGUUGAGAGGUGAUGGAAUGUACUUGUAGAAAUGUGAUUAUUUAGUAGGGGGUUACUCUGUCCUCAUUAUUGUAAAGAUAACCAAACUCUCUCUGCUACAUAGUCUUCUGUUAUAAGGCUAACUCUGAUAUCAUGUUGAUUUUAUUCUUUUUAAUUGAAUUGCAUUGAGCCCUGUUAAAAUGUCAUGAAAAUCCCAGGCUCCCAAAACAGCCUUAAAAAGUGUGUGUGUGUGGGGGGGGGGUGAGUUUUAUUCUUAAAAAGAAUUUGAAAUGAGAAGAUUUAUAUUUAGGGUGGUGAGAUGUAGGAAUUAAUGUCCAUUUUCAAGUUAAUACCAGAAUCUCUCAUACUCUGACUUAGAAUAUGUUGUCAAUGAGUCAUCCUUGCGUUUUCAGGUUAAAAAGUAUUGACAUGGGUGAUAUUUUUUUUUUAAACUGGUCUCCAUUCUCUUUAAAGGGUUUCAUUUUUAAAGUUAUCUGAUUUGUUUCCUUAAAGGGGUCUAUGUAACUUACAAAUUUAUACAAAACAAAAGCCUGAGAGUUUCAUUUGUGCUGUGAAUUCUAAACUGAAUUAUGGGCAUUUAAAUUUAUUCAUAAUUUGAGAGGGAGAUGAUCUAUCUGUAUGGGAGUUCUUACCUGAGAGACCUAGAAAACCCAAAACAUUCCUACUUAUUCUCCUUCUCAUCCUGAUAUUCAUCAUUACACCAUCCAGGCUGGAGAGAAUAAAAUCCUAAAUGAUGCAUGCUCUGUUGCUGAUAGUUUGAAUCAUGAAAAUUCUGAAACUUUAAAAAUCUGUUUAUUAGAACAGAGCUUCCAAUAUUACAGAUAUUUCUAAUUUGUUUUUGGCAACUUUUUUCCUUAAAAAAUAGUUGCAAAUCCAGACCUUUUUUAUGCUGUUGAACUAGGGUUUUUUUUUCAUCCCCAGCCUUUCAAAUAUGUUUAUAUGUUUUUUUAAAUGAUAUUUCUUGUACAUAUGCCUACAAGUGAAGGGCAGGGAGGUGGAAGUUGUCUGAGGCCUUUUCCUCCCAUUAGUUGAGCAUAAUGGGAGUUACCAGCAUAAACAAUUUUAUGCAUUUAUGGGGAAGAAUAGAGCCCUCUUGUGUAUACCUGUAUAGAGAGAUGUAUAUGAGAUCUGGGUAGCACUUUGCUGAACGUGGAAUUGCCCUUAUGAUGUACAGUACAUACAUAUGAAUGCAGCAGAUCUAAAUCUAUAUAUAAAAUACAUGAAAUGUACAUACAAUCUCAUACACACAAAAUGUGGUGUGUGUGUGUGUGAGAGAGAGAUGCAGAUAUGUAUAAUAUCCACAAAAUGCGUGUUUAACAAUUAAGCAACUGUGACAAAUGAAGUUGUUAUAGUUCCAGUGAGGAAUUUGGAUGGCAUAAAUUGCUAUGACUUCAGUGUUGUAACUAUUGAUCUUGUUACCUGAACCCUCAAAAUGGAAUUUCCUGGUACAAUUUUGCUUAUGUUUUACUAUAUUAAUGUUUUGUGAGGCCUCUUCCAAUACCCACCUCUUAUGCUGCUCUACACCAUUACCUUCAUCCUAACUAAUCUCCUAUCCCAGCAUUUCAAAAUCUAACUUCCAUCAGCAGUCCGCUUUAGAGCCUGAUCCAGCUCUCAUUGUACUCAAUAGAAAGAUUUUGAUUGACUGCAGGGACAGCUGAAUCUGGCCCUGUGCGCGCACACAUUGCUCUCCUGAUUUCAGUGUGACUGUGGUCAUUUUGUUUUGCAGUGUGAACUGAAAUACUUUUUGAAAAUGAUAUUCAAAGCUGUUCAGUGUCCCAGAAUGUUGAGUCAGAUGCAUGUUGAGUUAAAAAUUCAGAGUUGUACAACAAAAUAGUGAAAAAUCAAGGCUUCCUUUUACUUUCCUGACAAAAGGAGAGUUCCAUGUUCUGAAUCCACAGAUGCUUAAAGCAAUGCUGAGAAUGCAGCUUUGUGCUCUGUUCUAGGUAUUGGUGAUUUCAUCAAAUGUCUCGAGAAACGCAGAUCUCUAAAUUCAACCUUAAAAAGACUUUAAAAAAUAAAUCAGAGUUACCCUUCAGGAUAUUUGAAUUAAAAUCUUCUGUCUGCUCUUGUAUUAAAUGAUUUGGCUUUUUCAAAGUUUUUUGUAUUUCUUGUUUUAAAACGGGUAUUUUAGUUCACCUUUUUAAGCGAAAUCUGGAUUCAAUAACCUUUUAACAGAAAGUGACAGUUAAAACUCUGCUCCUGGCUAACUAGUACUUUAGUUUUUCCAAUUCUGUUUUCAAGUCUUAUUGCUUUCAAUAUUUUUAAUAUUUAUGUUGUCACCAUUCAGCUAUGGAAUUUUGUCUUCCAGGCAGUUCUGUAGGAAAAUGUAACCUUAUGGUAAUGUUCCCUCUGUGCUGUCACAUGAAGACUUCUGUAAUAUAUAUGUUGGGUCGUGUGUAUGGGUAUAUCUGUGUGCUGAGUGUGUGUGUGUGUAUAUUUAUAUACACACACAUAUUACACACAGUAUUUCAAUUUACAUAAACGUGGAGAACACAUUCAUAGGUUCCUGAUAUAUACUCAUGCAUAUGUGUAUUAAACAUGUAUAUAGAGUGUAGAUAUACUGCAUAUACACAUGUGUAUAUGUGUGAAUUUUGGUUGGCAAUUUUUUACUUUUAGCAAAAUGCUGUCCCUUAUGGAAUAAUUUCACUGAAACUGCAUUUAUAUAAGAUGAACGGAAAAUAAUCAUCAAAAUUUUAUUUGAAAAGGAGACUCUCUUAAUUAUCCAAAGCCAUUUGAAUAGUCUUUUAACUAGAAGGAGGUUGUUAUAAAAAACUGCCGUUCAUCAUAAAGGCAUCAGAAAGAAAUUAAGACACUAAUUUCUAUGUUUUUUGUUCUUUUUGUUUUUUCUGAAGCUGAGGCAUAUGGUAAUCAGGGUUUUUUCCUUUCUGUUCAACUAAACUGCUAAAGACUCACAUUUUCCUUAAAAUGUUCCUCCUCCAGACUUUCUCUACACAAAUAUUUUUGCAUUGUUUGCCUCAUACAUUCAAUAAUAUUGAUUUCACUAAGGAGGCUUUAAUAUUCUCCCACCUUUGCAGGAAAAAUGUCAAUUCAUUAUUAUAUCCAGUGUUGUAGCCAUAUUGGUCCCAAGAUAUUAGAGAGACAAGAUAGGUGAGGUAAUAUCCUUUAUUGGAUCAACUUCUGUUGGUGAGAGAAACAACUUUUGAGUUUAUGCAGAUCUCUUCUUCAGAUCUAGGACACUUACUCGGAGUGUCACAGUGUAUCCGAUGAAGUGAGCUGUAGCUCACGAAAGCUUAUGCUCAAAUAAAUUUGUUUAGUCUCUAAGGUGCCACAAGUACUCCUUUUCUUUUUACAGCUGAAUAUAAGGUGGAACAGAUUGUGAGGCAUAAGUAGUUACAUAUUUCAAGGGACCAUUCAAGGUGAAGUGGCCUAUUUAAACCCCUCCGGUCAUGGGGGGAAGGAGCGGGAGGUUAGUGAUUUAUAUAUUGUUGUAAUGAGCCACAAAUCUAAUGCUCUGUUCAGUCCAUGAUUUUUAUUGUCUAGCAAAGUUAUGUAUUUAAGCUCCCAGGCUCGUCAUUUGAAGGUGUUGUACAGGUUUAAUUGGAGGAUGAAGACUGAGAGAUCAGAUAUAGAGUGAGUGCUUUGUGAAAAGUGUUCGCCCACAAGUGAUACGGUGUUUUUGUCUUUUAUCAGUUUUGUGUGUGAGUUCAUUCAAGAGCGGAGUGAUUGUCUUGUUUCAUUUAAUGCCCCAAUAACAUCUAUGUAGGUGAAAUGAGACAAUCACUAUGCUCUUGGAUGAACUCACACAGAAAAAUAAAGACAAAAACAUUGUGUUACCUGUGGGUGAACACUUUUCACAAAGUGAUCACUGCAUAUCUGACCUCUCAGUACUCAUCCUCAAACGAAACCUGCACAAGAUGAGCCUGGGAGUUUAAAUUCAUAACUGUGCUAGAUACUAAAAAUCAUGGACUGAAUAGAGACAUUGGAGUUAUGGCAUUUAUGGAUUUACAAUAACCUACAAUCAAUAAACACUGCCCCGCAGCUUUCUCCCUCUCCAUGAUUGGAGAGGUGUUAACAGGCGACUUCACCUUGAAUGGUCCCUUAGAAUAUGUGUUAUCUACUUAUGCUAAACAACCUGUUCCACCUUUUAUUUAGCUGUGAUACUCUGAGUAAAUUUCCCAGACCUGAAGAAGAACUGUAUGUAAGCUCAAAAGCUUGUCCUCUCUCACCAACAGAAGUUGGUCACCUCACCCACCUUGUCAGUUCAUUAUUAUUCUGUUACUCUUUUCAUUCCAUGUAGAGGGUGAAUUUCUCAUAAAGAUGCCUGGAGUCAAGCUUUUAACUUAUUGAAUAUGAAAGGCCUUCAGCAGGAAGGAAUUAUGUUUUUCAAAGAAUUUCUGCAGCUGUUCACCAUCAUGUAAUUUCCCCCCCCCCCCCCCCCCCCCCCAUCUCCAAACAGUAUGUCUGUGUACAGGUAGGGGAGAAAUGAAGGACACAAGUAAAAUAUUGUUUGUUUGGACAAUUAUCAGUAAAUAUCUUUAUCUAGAUUUACUGGAAAAGAAGACAGCAAAUGAACAAUACGAAAUGUUGAAAUGCUUCUGACUGUCCUAAAGAAGUUGGUGUUUGUGUCAUUUUAAAAGGUCGCUUGAUUGCAGCUUGAUAUCAGAAACAGCCUUGUGACAAAGAGCCUCAUAGCAAUUGUUUGGUCACUAAAGUUUAAAAUGUAAACAAGUUGCAGUGGGAAGGCAAAGAUGAGGCAGUGCAUUUUGAAGCCAGUGAAUCACAGCUUGUAAACAUAACUGAUUUUGAAAUAACUGCAUGGUAGCAAGGACUAGCAGUCUCUACACCCCUCUGAUUGUUCACGCCCCCAACACACAAAUGUGUUUAACAUGCCAUACAUUGGGGGGGGGGGGGGAAAUAACCUACAAAUAAAUACAUUAACUGCUUAAAGGGAACAUACAAACUUGCACUGCUGUAUCCUCUAUCGUAUUAGCUAGAAGACUAGCUAAUAUGCAAAAAAAGCCCAGUCCAGUUUGCUUCUGCAGAUACAUUGCUUUUAAAGAAUGUGGUGGAUGGGGAUGCUUGAGAAGAAUAGUCAUUUCACAUACAGUCCCCAGCAUCAAUAGAAACUUACACUAAUGCUUUUAAGUGCUGGAGCACUUGAGGACGGCAUUCCAGGGGUGGGUAGCCACGUUGGUGUUUGUACUUUCCCUUUAAAUAGGAAGAGUUAGCUCACAUGUUCCUCAUUCUUCUCAAUGAAUGUACUGUAUUACCAUUUAAAAAAAAAUCAAUGAAAUGAUAAUAGAUUGGUCUCCUUUUGUUAUCUGGUCCUUGUUUAAUUUGUUUAAGGGUUUUUGUAUACAAAAGUUUACAUUUUUAUGUAUAUUUUUCUUGUGUAAAAACUGAUGUAAUAUGUGUAUAAAACACUGUAUGUAUUAUCUGUAUAUAGUGUGACAAAAUGAUUUUCUUUCUUUCUUUUGGAUGUAUUAAUAAAUCUUGCUGUGAAGUA